UCACUGGACUCACAAGGACUCACUACAAUUUGGAAAGUCUUUUUGCGAUACAUUUUUUGCACAAUCCUUCUUACUUUUAGGCGAAUUUGAAGAAGAUGGCUCGUUUUAUCUGUCAGACAAUGGCUGUGAUCAUCAUUGUGGCUCUGCAUGAGGGUUAUGGGGUGCCCUUCUCCAGCCCAAGUACCCCCUCCUCUCUGAGUCAAAUGCAGCCCCAUGUGCGGGUCAAGCGCUGCUCCUGUAACAGCUGGGAGGAUGAGGAGUGCGUAUACUUCUGCCACCUGGACAUUAUCUGGGUCAACUCUCCAAGUAAGCUCCUGCCGUACGGUCUGGGCAGUCCCGUAUCUCGCCGCCGCCGCCGCUCUCCUCAACGCUGCCAGUGCGCUGACCCCAGUGACCCCACCUGCUCCGCUUUUUGCCAUAGCAGAUCAAAAACAGACACAACCAAGACGUGGCAAGAGUCUUCAAGGUUAUCAAGCAACAAGCUACUACAGUCGCUCAGAUCAGUGGUCAAGUCCAAUUCAAACAAGCUAACACCUAAACAGCACCAAACCGAGAUCCAGCAGCUACAAAGUUCAACGAUACGAUAGAGGAGAAGAGACUGUUUUGGGACACGAUUCAUGGAGUAAAAUCGUCAUAUUUGGACCACAGGGCGUUCGAACCUAAGUGGAACCAAAAUGAAGGACGCCAAUGAAGGCACAAAGCUCCGGGAGAGAACGUCCAAGGAGCAGGCAAAGAACAACGGUGACGACAGCAGCCAUUUUGAGAACAUGGAGCUAUUUUGACGU